UGAAUAAGUGGCCCAAAGAGGCCCUAAAGGGUAAUUUGGUCUUACUGUUGGGUGGUCAAUCAACCAUCCUCCGAUUCAGGCCCAAUCCAUCCUUCGAUUGGAUCUGGCUACGCCGGCCGCCGGCCGCCGCGCUCGUUCGACCCUGCCGUGCCGGCCAACCUCCCCUUCCUCUGCUCCUCCGCGCGCAUCAGCUCGCCCGCCCAAACGGCCCACUCCAUCUUGCUUGCUCCUGGUUCCGCCAGCCCCAUCCCCUCCGUUGUGCAGGUCGAGUCCAUGUGCCGAUGCCGCCGACCAACUCCUCCACCAGAUCCGCCGUGCAAGUGUGAACCGCAUCAUGGGUUGUUGGGUAUUUGAGUCCGGUGGCAUACCCUUCCAUGUGAUUUUUCAAAGGCGAUGGAUGCAAAGCUAGUUGCAGGAGUUGCAUCAGUACAGUCCAGUACGCUCGAUUUAAUUGUCAGCUUGCCAGAUGAGACGUAGUAGUUGAAUCUAACCAUAAAGUAGUAGUAAUAAAAAAUACUAUACAUUUUGUUGCGGGGUAUUGUCCUCAUUUGGUUGGAUUAUUGGCUCAAACAGCUGUCUGUUAUUUCUUAGCUGCAUCACGAGUUGUUGGGUAAGUGAGUUUGGUGGCAUCGUUCCAUGUGAAGGAAGAUCCGUUUAGAGUUUCAAAGGCGAUGGAUGCAAAGCUAGUUGCAAAAGUUGCAUUAGUAUGCUCCAAUACACUCUAGUUUAUGGUAGGGAUGGCCCUUUCUGUCCUACCCCGCGACCCUCCUGCGUCCCCCCCGCGGGCGGCCAGGAGGGGAACCCUAGCCACCGCCGCCGGGGCGCCCCUCCUCCUCUCCUCCCUCCCUCGCCGCCGCCAGGGGGCGCAGCCGGGCGAAGCACGGCUGGCGCCGGCGGCGGCGGGGAGAUUUCGUCCUCUCGCGCGGGGCCCUGAUGCGGGACGGGGUGGCCGGGCUGGGGUGCGGCGCUGGCAGCGGGCGCUGCAGCAUGGCGGGGAGCCGGAGCGGUGCGGCGACGGCAUCUUGCUGGUUGCGCGACGGGCGUCGUGGUGGCGGAGCGUGCUGGGCGGCCGAUGGCGGCGGAUGGUGCGGGUGCUACGCAGCUCCGCCAGAUCUAGCCGCGUCGCGACGCGGGCUGUGGGCGGCGCCGUGGGGUGUGGCGGUGGUCGUCCGUGGCAGCGGUGUGGCCUCGGCUGGUGUCCGGGGCGGUGGUGCGUGCUUGGGGCGGCGGCCCGGUCCAGCACCAUUCUGGUCUGGCGGGCAUGUGGGCGUCGGGCGGCGCGGUGGCGGGCUGCGACUUGGUGGGGUCGUGGCCAUGACCGUGGACCACGGCGGCACGCUAGCUGCUGCUGGCGGCGGUGGUUGCCGGCCAGAUCGGCUCGGAUCUGGCCGAUGGCUGCCGGCGGACGGCUCGGUGCUGGCCUUUGGGGUCCUGGUGUGGAUGUGGGCUGCCACGGCGUUGUGGUGGCUCACGGCGUGGUCCGGGCCGUUCCAAGGCGGCGGCUGGUCUUCUCCGGCGUCGGCUUGUUAGUGGGCGGCUCGCGAGGUGACAUGUUGGUUGCGGCGGCGGUUGGCUUGUUCCCGCGUCUGCCCGCUCGCAGGCGGCCUGUGUCAACCUUCGACUCCUCUCCUCGUCGUCCGGGCGCUACUUUCGUCGAAGGGUUGUCCUUCUCCCGGCUGCGGUCCAUCGCUCGUCUCGCGACCGGUGCGGCAGGACCGAUCUUGUCUCGCGCAUGGUGUAGCAGGACCGAGCUCGUCUCGUGCACGGUGCCGCUGGACUGAGCUCGUCUCGCGCCCGGUGCAGCAGGACGGGUCAGAUGGAGGUCAAUUUUGGCCGGCCUAUUGGGUCUUGGCGUUUGGGGCUGCCGAGGGGUGUGAAAGGCGGGACCUUUCGGCUCGUCUCUUUGGUUGGGGUAGCGGCGGAUCUCGGGUGAGGUGGUGUCAAGGUCUUGGAUGCCAAGGCGGCGGCCUUGGUGGUGGUAGCGCGGUGCUCUUGGGCAGAGCCCGUGGCUUGGUGCUGCCCGGAGGCCAUGGCCGUGUGGGCGGCGUGGUUGCUGGGGUGUGGCGUUCGGUGGCGGUGAGUGUUGGCCGGGGUGAAAACCUGCUUUAUCUUCGGAAGGACCGGCGACGGCGAAUCUCGUUCCCUUCUUGAAGGCGUCGUUGCGGCUCUCACUGCCCAUCGUGCGGCUCCAGGGGAAACUCUUAUUCUCGGAUCGGGCGGCGGUGGCGCUCCGGUGUCAUAUCCUUCCUGAAGGCGCCGCCUUGGAGUCCAUGGUUCGCCAUAUGUGGCUUCAUCACUUCGCGAUUGCUCUUGUAGGGCUAGGGGUGGUGUUGCUGCGAUCAGCGUCUAUGUAUCUUGUCUUGGGUGUGUGCGUGUGGUGUGUUGGCGUGCGUUUGUAUCAGGUUGUUGUGGAUCUUUGCUUUAUAUAUAAAGCGGGGCGAAAGCCUUUUUCGGUAGUUUAUGGUAGGAAAGAAGAGCACCACAAGACAAAAUGUAAGCUGUAGUAAGGCUUUAAUUAAAACUGGAUGGUGGGUGCAGUGUGUACAAAGUACAAA